AUGGUGUUGUGGUUUCGCAGCCGGUUGAGGAUCUGGAGACCUUUGGACUCGUCGCCGGCGGUGAGAAUCAGCCAUUUCGGCGAUUCUUCCAAUAGAAACACAGACGACAGCAGCGAAACGAAUGCGAUGAACGCGCCCGAGCCGAGAAUCGACCGCCAAUGUGUUUCUGUGGACCAAUUGAUUGCCAGCAGCUGUGCAAGAAGGAUCCCCACGUUGAUGCUGACCUGGUUCAUGGACCCAAGCACGCCUCUUAGCGACACAGGGGACACCUCGUUGAUGUACAAUGGCACUAAAACAAGCGCAAAACCGGCACCUAAUCCACUCACAAACCGACCUAAUAGCAUCCACAAGUACGUUUGA